AUGGAAAAAGCACGCACUUGGAUGCCUUCCCAGCUUCUCUGCAUGCUGGCUGCAGCCCUUGGAUGUUGGGGCACCUCUGCUCCCAUGGUGCCCUGGCUUCCCAUUAAUGUGCAGGGCCAGCAGCCCAGGGUGAAGGCUGUUCUCUUUGCCUGUCUUCCAAAUGCCGCCUGCUCUUCUCUUUUCCUUGCCCUCCUGGUUCCUUCCUUCUCCUCCCUGGGCGCCCAGAGGCCUCCUGCCUCAGGGGGAGUCAAAGUGGAUGAGGGAUGCUGGGUUUGGCUUGGUGAUGGGCCCAGACCCAGAAAGCCACACAUGAACACAGCCCAGCCACAGCGCUUCCUGGUCACAAGACAGUGCAGGCCUGGGGCCAUCACCUUGCCUCUGCCCGUGUGGGUGCAGGCUGAGGGAGAUGCUUACGAAGCCUGA